AUGUUUGAAGCUAAUAUAGUCCUCAAGGGAAAUGCCAAACCGAAGUUUAGAAAGUCUUAUUCCAUACCAUUUGCGAUGCAUGAUGAGGUUCGUUCUGAAAUCGAACGAUUAGUGUCUGUAAAUGUGCUAAAGCCGAUUAACGCUAGCGAAUGGUUACGAUAUCGCCACAGAUCUCAACAUAGCAACGCUGACGCGCUUUCGCGACUACCUGUAGGAGAUGACAAUGAUUUUGACUUAAAUGAAUGUGCUAUGCAUGAUGUUCAUGAGAUAAAUACUAUAUCUACUAGUGCUGUUCCACUAAGUGCGGCAGUCAUCGCGGAACAUAUCGAAAAAGACGAAACUCUAAAAAUCGUUAAGAGAAUCAUCAUAGAGGGAUGGCCUUUACGACUAAAUGACUCCCAGCAGUGGUUGAAACCUUUUUUCGAUCGUCGAUUUCAGUUACCGUAUCAAGACGGCGUCAUUUUGCUGCAAACUGACUACACGCGCGUAGUAAUACCAAAGGACCUGCAGCAAAAUAUAUUAAAAAUGCUACACGACGGUCAUUGGGGCAGCACGCGUAUGAAACAGAUUUCAAGACGUUAUGUUUGGUUUCCAAGAAUUGAGAAUGCCAUCGAAAACUUAUGCCGAUCCUGUACAAUAUGCUUAUCCUCUGCUAGUCAACUGAAACGUGAAUUUUCAUCGUCGCCUGAGGCAACAAAACCGUGGGAGCGAGUGCAUUUAGAUUUCGCAGGUCCGUUUUGCGGAUCUAUGUGGAUUAUCUUGGUAGACGCGUUUUCCAAGUUUCCCUACGUAGUAAAAACGAAAGCCACUACAACCGACGCAACAGUUUCCACCCUUAAGAAAAUUUUUGUCAUUGAAGGACUCCCCCAAAUACUAGUCACGGAUAAUGGUCCACAAUUAACGUCUUCAGAGUUUACAAACUUUUGUAAGCUGAAUCACAUCGAACUUUUAAAAAUCGCAGCAUUCCACCCCUCUUCAAACGGGUUAGCAGAACGAUUUGUAAGAACGUUUAAGGAGUCAUUCACGAAAAAUUUUAGAAAAACAAAAAACGACGAAGCUGCUCUUUUGAAAUAUCUUGUGACGUUCAGGGCUACGCCUAAUCCUACAACGGACAAGUCACCCGCGGGGUUAUUGCGUGGAAGACAACCGCGCAUUCUCUUCUCAGCAUUGCUGCCUAAAGAGCAGCAUUCAAGUAACAGACAUGCUAAAUUCCGACUAUGCCAACCAGUUUAUGCUCGUAACUCUGCAGGGAAAGAACGCUGGUUGCGAGGUGAGAUCAAGGAAAUUUGCGGGCGGCUGAUGUAUGUAAUAGCUACAUCCAGGUACUCUAUUCGACGCCACCAAAACCAAAUAAGAAAUGCAACCGACGAAAACUCACCCUCGAAUUUUCGAAAACAAAACGAAGAGGGCGAUUGGGAAGUUGAGGUCCGCGCAUCAAAUUCAAAGUCAGUUGAAGAACCCACCACCACACCAAGCAAAUUAUCGGAAGUAGCUCGAGGCACCGUACAAACAACUGACUCACCAACUCCGAGCAAUCACGUUGGAGAACAGCAAGCACAAACUACGCUUCGACGGUCUGAAAGAAACAAAAAUCCGGUCGAUCGCUUGAGAUACUCCACACUAUGA